UUCUGGGGGUCCCUUCAGGUCUUCCGCUCUGUGCUGCCUUGAGGGGAGGGACGCGGGAAGUCUCUGACCUGACACUAUGGGGGAAGGAAAAGGCGACAACUUCGACGGUGUGAGCACCGACCGCCUUAAACUGAAGUUGCUGGAAGAAAUCCACUUGAAGGAUGUAGUACAACUCUCAAUGCUUGAAAUGAGACACAAGAUAGCAGAACUGGAAGCCAAACUCAAUAAUGACAAUGAAGGUGGUGAAUGGAAGACCCGUUAUGAGACACAACUUGAACUGAAUGAACAACUAGAAAAACAAAUUGUUUCUCUGAAAGAGAAAAUGGCAAAAAUCCGUGGAAAUCCUUCAGAUAGACUAUCUUCUAUUCGUGUCUAUGAACAAAUGACAGUGGAAUCCUUAAAUACAUUACUUAAACAGCUAGAAAAAGAAAAAAGGAGUCUUGAAAAUCAAGUGAAAGACUAUGCACUUAGGCUGGAACAAGAAUCAAAGGCUUACCACAAGACCAACAAUGAACGCCGUACAUACCUAAAUGAAAUGUCUCAGGUUUCUAGCUCACAUCAAGUUUCUAAAAGGCAACAGAUGGAUCAACUGCCUAGAAUGAAAGAGAAUCUAGUGAAAACGGGAAAGUAUAAUCCAGUUGAUCAGAAGAUGGCAAAUGGCAAGAAAGGACCAGUAAAAAAGAUUACAAAAUCAAACCAUCUUCCAAAACUCAAUCCAUGAUUUCAGAAC